AUGACGUUCUACGAGAUCCCAGCCGCCUCCGCUGCUCCGCAGGCGCGUGCCUCGUUCUGGGGCGCGGCUUCCGAGAAUGUAGCUGCGGUUCGGGCGGGGCGGGGGGGAGUGAAAGGCGUGCGCGUGCGAUAUGCGUGCGGUUUCCGCGCGCGGACGCCGCGAGGUGCUUCUUCCCCUCCCCCCAAGGCCCUCCAAGGGUCCGCGAAGGCGGGCAUGGCGCCAGAAAUCCCCGUCCGAGGGCUGCACGUGUGCAAUACCAGAAUGUCUUCUGACACAGAUAGUACCUUCAGCACCUCACAAAUUCUAGCUUCGGAACAAGAGGUUCUGGUUUUAUUCUAUCUUGGCCAGUAUAUUAUGUCAAAACAGUUAUAUGACAAAAAGCAACAGCAUGUUGUUUAUUGUUCAGAUGAUCUUCUUGGAGAUUUGUUUGGGGUACCCAGCUUCUCUGUGAAAGAACCUAGGAAAUUAUAUGCAAUGAUAUCUAGAAACUUGACAGCAGUGAAUCAACAGGAAUUUGCUAGCCCAAACACAUCUACAAAUGAAACCAGGCAUCUCCCUGAAAUUGGAAGUGAUCAAGAGAAAUCUAUGCAAGAAUUGCAAGAAGAGAAACCACCAAAUUUGAAUGCUACACCAACUACCUCACCCAGAAGACUUCAUAGUGAAACAGAAUUUACUAGCCGAAACACAUCUACACAUGAAAUCAGGCGUCGCCUUGAAAUUGGAAGUGAUCAAGAGGAAUCUAUGCAAGAAUUGCAAGAAGAGAAACCACCAAAUUUGAAUGCUACACCAACUACCUCACCCAGAAGAACACAUAGUGAAACAGAAUUUGCUAGCCCAAACACAUCUACAAAUGAAACCAGGAGUCUCCUUGAAAUUGGAAGUGAUCAAGAGGAAUCUAUGCAAGAAUUGCAAGAAGAGAAACCACCAACUACCUCACCCAGAAGAACAUAUAGUGAAACAGAUUUUACUAGCCCAAACACAUCUACAAAUGAAACCAGGCAUCGCCUUGAAAUUGAAAGUGAUCAAGAGGAAUCUAUGCAAGAAUUGCAAGAAGAGAAACUACCAAUUUUGAAUGCUACACCAACUACCUCACCCAGAAGAACACAUAGUGAAACAGAAUUUGCUAGCCCAAACACAUCUACACAUGAAACCAGGCGUCGCCUUGAAAUUGGAAGUGAUCAAGAGGAAUCUAUGCAAGAAGAGAAACCACCAAAUUUGAAUUCUAGACCAACUACCUCAUCCAGAAGACCACAUAGUGAAACAGGUACAUAG